AUGUCACUCGCUACGCUUACUCCGCCUGGCACUGGCGCUCGUCCGUUUGUCGCAAACGCGUCACCAGCGGCGACCGUAUCUCACCAGAAAACUCGCUUUGAAAAGCAACAGCAGCAGCAACUGCAACAGCAAGAGGAGCAGGAGCAGGAGCCGUUGCGUCUCCCUCCCUUGUUCCGCCUCGAUCGCUUCUUCGGUUCCGCCCCCGACAGCAUUUGGAAAACGCCAGGCAAAAGCGCAAGCAAUGGCGAGAUCGGUGGCGCAGGAGAGAAGAAGCGGGGGCAAGCGGAUGACGCAGGGGGGAAAGAAGGGGGGGGGGGAGGGGGUACUUGGCUGAUAGACCCGGGGGACGGCACCAGCGGGGAAGGCGCGAAAUUUCCUUCCGCGGAGCUCUUCACCGCGCGGAACUUCCCCGUGAGGCUGCCGCGGCGGAAGGGGAAGCGGCGAAAGGGCGACCGGGAGGAGGAUGUGGGAGGAAAGACGAACCCAGGCACGGUGGAAGGCGGUUCAGUGGGGCAAGACUCCAACCUCACCAUGCUGCUGGGCGCGGAGGACGACGGGGUGUACGACGUGGACAUGCGAGUGACGCUCUACUCUCCCCUCCCUCCUAUCCCCUGCCUCCCCUCCGCCACCAGCAACCUCACCAUGGUGCUGGGCGCGGAGGACGACGAGGUGUACGACGUGGACAUGCGAGUGACGCGUGUAAUCAACCUCAUCAUGCUAUUAGGAGCGGAGGAUGACGGGGUGUACGACGUGGACAUGCGGGUGACGCUCUACCGCAACUGGUUUGACAAGUCGGGGCAGCGACAGCCCAAGGCACGGGACGGAUCAUGGAUGGAAGGGAAGGGAUGGAGUGGUGGUGGGAUGGAUGGAGUGAUGGAUGGGGAGAGACAGUGGAAUGGACGGUUGGGAGGAGAGAUGGAGGCAUGGAGGGAUGGAUGA